AAAAGAAGAAGAAGAGCAGUGUCGCAUCUGCACAUGUGGUCACACACAGUCCGUUCAGAGGGAGUUUUAGUAGAAGAAGAAGAAGAAGAAGAAGAAGAAGAAGAAUCAUCCCCAUCAUCCCACUGGCAGCACCGAUUUAACGCUUUAAAGCAGAUAACAUGAGACCAGGGUUCAGUCCUCGUGGGGACAGAGGAGGACGAGGUGGAGGACGAGGUGGGGGUAGAGGAGGAUUUGGAGGAGGAUUUGGAGACCGGGGAGGACGAGGAGGAUUCAGAGGAGGAAGAGGUGGAGGAUUCAAGUCCCCAGACGGUGGAGGAUUUCGGGGCCGGGGGGGUGGCAGAGGCACCCCGAGAGGAAGAGGAGGCAGGGGUGCCGGAAGAGGAGGCUUUGGAGGAGGGAAGAAGGUCUUGGUUGAGCCCCACAGACACGAAGGAGUGUUCAUUUCCAGAGGGAAGGAGGAUGCCCUGGUGACCAAGAACAUGGUGGUAGGAGAGUCAGUCUAUGGAGAGAAGAGGAUCAGUGUGGAGGAAGGAGAGACUAAGAUUGAAUACAGAGCCUGGAAUCCGUUCCGCUCCAAGCUGGCAGCAGCCAUCUUGGGAGGAGUAGACCAGAUCCAUAUCAAGCCCGGAGCAAAGGUCAUGUACCUGGGAGCUGCGUCUGGCACUACAGUGUCCCAUGUUUCUGACAUUGUUGGACCAGAAGGGCUGGUUUAUGCUGUGGAGUUCUCCCAUCGAUCAGGUCGGGACCUUCUCAAUGUGGCAAAGAAACGCACCAACAUCAUUCCAAUCAUCGAAGACGCUCGGCACCCACACAAAUACCGCAUGCUGGUUGGUAUGGUGGAUGUGAUUUUUGCUGAUGUUGCCCAGCCUGACCAGACAAGGAUUGUUGCUUUGAACGCUCACAACUUUCUGAAGAAUGGAGGGCACUUUGUUAUCUCCAUCAAGGCUAACUGUAUAGACUCAACAGCGGCUCCAGAGGCAGUGUUUGCUUCAGAAGUGAAGAAGAUGAGCGCUGAGAACAUGAAACCACAGGAACAGCUCACACUGGAGCCCUAUGAGAGAGACCAUGCUGUGGUGGUGGGCAUCUACAGACCUCCACCUAAACAGAAGAAAUGAGGUGUGGAAGAAAGCUCGGGGAAACGAUUACCACCAUCUAAUUUUCGUACUGUCACUGUUUGUUGCGCUCCUAUCCACCUCCGCCUGUCUGCAGACUUCACACAGGGUGAAAGCAUAUCUAGCACUGAGGGUAAAAUUUGGCUUCCUUGUACCUUUUUGACAGUUAACUGACCAACUGCUGGAGGGCCUUUUCUAUUACUGAUAUGGUUGGGAGUCAAUUUACAGCCACACUGGUUGCUGGUAAGUCAUGUUAGCGGUUCAUAAUAUGUUAUGGUUCAAAUCUGGUUGGACCACCCUUAUUUCACAUCUGUUAAGCACAAAUGAUUGGUAUAUCUAUCAGGUUUGUGUUCCUGUGCAACGACAAACAGUCACAUGUAAAUUAUGUGUAAAUAUCCAGUAUUGUGUAGGGUGUCCCCGACCUUACAUGAGUAAGCUGGGGAUUUUUGAAUUCACCUGACCCGUGAUCAAGUUUCUUUCUAACCUGAGGAGUAUUUCAAAAGAUGGAAUCAAGUGUUUAUCUGAAUAGCUUUAUUGAAAGACUUUGUUUAGAAUAACUACUACCUGGUUUGAUUUUUGGCUCCAGUGAGGUGUUUGUUUCUUUGGCUUAGUCAGUAACUUUUUAUUUCAGUGCUUUUUGCUUCGGUUUCCUGAUCUUUCUUUUACUUAAAGUUUGUUUGUUUGUUUUUUUAAAUGAAGCAGUGUGCUCCUCUGAUUACUGCUUUUAUCCAGGUGCUUUUGAUUUCAGACUGCAUAAGCCCCAUAUUGUUAGGGAUAUUCCAAGUAUCCACACAUCAUACACCCCAGAUGCCUAGUAUUUUUAGUGUAUAAUAAGUUUGUCAGAACUUAUGUAUGGUAAAUAAACUUGUCUGUCUUGAAUGUUGUGUGUGGACUUAGUCUAUUCGCAUGAGAUACCAUGUCAUGUCUGCACAAUACCCACUUUGUAUGUCAGGAACUUAUGCUGACCUGUUUAGUGGUAAACUUGACCCUGUGUGUAAUGUGUAAAGACAUUAAUAGAUGGUGACUUUUUCACUUGAUACUAUUAUAACUUUUUAACGUCAACUUUGUUUUAAUAAAAUGUUUGAUUCUUA